GAGGCUCCCCUGCAUAUUGGGGAGGUACUGAAGCACCUUCAGGGUGGAGAUAAAGGACUGAGGUGUCACAGGAUGGAGCAAGGCUGCUGGAGCUGCAAAAACACAAACCAAGCAGGGGAAAACCAGAUGCAGCCGAGUGUAGCAGAUGGAUGCAGAGAGUGGGGAGGUUUAGUCCCAGCAGCUUUCUGGCUCAUCCCUGCAUCCUCAGAGGUGACAGGGGACCAGUAACAGAGGGGACACUCUGUGUUUGCCAGGACUGCAUCUUCAGGAGCACCCCUGUCAUGAAAGACAAAGCCCAAACCACUUCUAAGCGAGAAGCCUGGUAGCAGAGUGUUUAUUUUAACUCAUGUCCUGUGAAAGGGUUGAAAGUGCUUCAGUUUCCUCAAAGGAUAGGAAUGUUUAUCAGUGGCUCUGCAAACAAAACCCAGAUACCAGCAGAGCUCAGGGAGGGGUUCUGUUUGCACUUAGGUCAGGGAUUUUGAGGGACAUGAGCAGGAGCAGAAGGGAAGAUGAGCUCCCCAGGGAUGUGGCAUGGGUACCAGGGCCGUGGGCUGGCAAGGAAGCUGCUCCAUGUGGGAGCUGCUUAAGAUGUGAUGGCUCUGACACCAGCACGGCUCCCUUGUCCCUUCUGCUCAGGGAUGGCAGCGGUUGGGGGCUUCCCGUGGAGGCUGGAGAAGCAGAGGGACUCCAUGACUUCAAACCUGUCAUUUUGCAGCAGGGAAUGCUGUGAGUCCACAACAUUAAGUCAGCACAAAGCCAGCCCAGUGACCCAGCAAGGUUGCCUGGCUGUGGCAGCAGCUGUGUGCAGCAGCUGCAGGAGAUGCUAUCUUUGCUAAAUAGUUUUGAACUUAAUCCAGUGACUCCAAAGUCCUCCCAAAGAGGUUUUCCAACAGGCCUAUGUGAGCCAAGGCUGCUACUGCCCAGCAGCUUCCCAAGCUGGGGUAGGAGCAUCUCUCCUGCUCACUCUCCAUGACAAGGCUGUGCUUUACUUUCCCUCCCAUCUCUCCUCUCUUGGACAGGGCACAGUGCGUUUCAGGCCUAAAGCUCAUCCCACAGCACAUUUCAUUAAUUACAGAGAUGGACAAAGGGGUGGGAAUUCCUCUCUAGACAAGUGGCAGAACCAAACGUGACAGAUCUGGGGGCUGGGUGGGUCCUUUUUGAUCCGGCUGCAUUUGCUGCCACAUCCCCCCAGCACACCUACCCAAGUGUGUGCCCCUCAGCUCCCCCAUCACCUGUACCUGCACUGAUGCCUCUUUUUCUGGUCCUUGCAGACAAUCCUAGUUGGAGACAGCGGUGUGGGGAAGACGUCUCUGCUGGUCCAGUUUGACCAGGGCAAGUUCAUUCCUGGCUCCUUCUCUGCCACCGUGGGCAUUGGGUUUACGCAAAUUCCAGUGUGUGGAAGUGAUGCUCAGCCAGGCAUUUUUCCUGCCUAGACAACACUCUGAGCUCCAGCAUGGUUUGCCAUAUCCUUCCAGCCCCCUCCCCAUCUUGCUGCAGGGAAGCUCAGCCACUUCCAGGAGCUCUGACUGCCUCCAGCCUCCAUCUCUGGGCACUUUCCUGGCCAAAGAGCACACAUAAACCAUAAAUCCCCCUGCUGGGUCUGAACGCAGUUACAGGACUGGAAAUACAGGUUCUAUUUCCCAGGGGGCAGAGGAAGGCUUGGCUGGUGCAGGAGUCGGCAGCCCUAGAAGGCACGGACAUGGAUGCCAUUCCAGAGGGCAUCUCUGCCACUGAACCUCCUGCAGCCACACCUGGCCUUCACCUGGAGAGCAGCGGGGUCACAGCUCUGCGCUGGAGCCCUGCAUCCCAGAAUCCCAGUGGUGUGAGCAGGGAUGGGGGAUGCCCUGAGAUUAGCCCAGAUGUGGGAGAGAUGAGAUAUUCCAGGGAAGAUAGAUCAGAGAGGGCUCAGGGCUCCUGUACAUGAAGUGAUGCCUGUAAAGGCUGAAGACCUUGGGCAGCUAUAGUGCAUGGACUCGUAUGGGGUUUUAUGGGAUGGGGUUUUGGGUAACACAACCCUAACCCUCUUCCCACCGCUGUGUCCGGGGGGAUGUGCCGGGGCUCUGCCCGCCGUCCAGCGCAGCCGAGCCGCUAGCAAACCCCAGCACCGCGGGGGCCCCGGUGUGGGGUGCAGUGGGGCAGGUUUCCACCCUUCAGACUCUUCCUCCUCAUCCCGUGCCCGGGCUGGGCAGGGAAGCGGCCGGGGAACGGCCUCGGGGGUGGCAUCGGCCGGGGAGGAGGAGGAGGAAGAGGAGGAGGAAGGCGGGUGGGGCAGCGGCUCCUGCUGGCCCCGCGGCGCCGGGACCCGGCGGACGGACCAUGGGCGGCCCUGAUGGGACGGAGGGGAGCGAGACCCCGGAGGGGAGCGGGGAACCCCCGAGGAGCAGCGGGGAACCCCCGAGGAGCAGCGGAGAUCCUUUGGCGCUACCCCAGGACUACGAACUGUCCGGCAAGGUGAUGUUACUUGGAGACUCGGGCGUGGGGAAAACCUGCUUCCUGCUCCGCUUCAAAGACGGGGCUUUUCUCUCCGGGACGUUCAUAGCCACCGUGGGCAUAGAUUUCCGGAACAAAGUGGUGGUCGUGGAUGGUGUGAAGGUGAAGUUGCAGAUCUGGGACACAGCAGGACAGGAACGUUUCCGCAGCGUCACCCAUGCCUACUACCGAGAUGCCCAAGCCCUGCUCCUGCUCUACGACAUCACCAGCAAGAUGUCCUUCGACAACAUCCGUGCCUGGCUGACGGAGAUCCAUGAGUAUGCCCAGAAGGACGUGGUCAUCAUGUUGCUGGGCAAUAAGGCUGAUGUGAGCAGUGAGAGGGCUGUGAGGACAGAGGAUGGAGCAUCACUGGCCAGGGAGUAUGGAGUGCCUUUCAUGGAGACGAGUGCCAAGACAGGCAUGAACGUGGAGCUGGCCUUCCUGGCCAUUGCCAAGGAGCUGAAGCAGCGUGCGGUGCAGUCACUGGAUGAGCCCCGCUUCCAGAUCCAUGAUUACAUCGAGUCACAGAAGAAGAAAUCCAGCUGCUGUGCCUUCUCCUGAGGGUAGCCCAGAGGAGCUGGCAGGCCUGGGGGCCCAGGCAGGAGGCAGAGCAAGGCCCAGUCCUGCCCUCAAACACUGGAGGGAACCAAGCUCUGACAAGCCAAGGUGGAUGGGGCAGUACAGUGGAGCAGAGUGCAUGAGGAGAGCCCUUGUCCUGAUGCCAAGAUUCAAAUCCUGCUGCCCUGCAGAGCAAUGACCUGUGUGCCACUGUGGAAAUCACUAUGGUGUGGUGACUGCCAGCCUGGGCAGCGAGCCGUGGUGAUCCAUCACCUCCAUCACAUGAGCAGGGUGCAGGACACAGCCACACACUUCACCGAGGGACCCUUGGAGUGGCUGGAGGGGCUGUGCCAUGGAUGAGCCCCCUUGUAGCCCCCGGUCCUGUCCUCCCCUGCAGCUAUUCCUGCUCACAGCACUGCUGUUGUUCAACUGGAAGGGCCUGGUCCAGUCCCUGUGUCCCUGGUGCUGCCAGGCUCUGGCUUCCCUCCAAGGAACCUCAACUCUGCCCCCCUGGGCUGCCCUACACCCUGAUGUCCACACUCACUGGGCUGUGGCUCUUCAUUUCUGCAGUUGUUGCCAAUGGCUUUUAUCCUCCUGCCACCACAAAGGCAAUGAUGUCCCCAUUGUAUCCUGGCGCUGCUUGAGGGAAAGGCUGGAAGGGUCCAGCCAAACCUGCUCCCUGCCCACACAGCUGAUGUGAGAAGUAAAAUUCCCCUGGGAGCAUCUGAGCAAUGCUUGGGGCAUUUCUGGUACACACAGCAAUUUGGAAAAACUUUGCUUCCUCCAUGCUGUAGCCACAGAAAUUAGAGAAUUUAUUUUUUUUAACAAGAAAAGCCUUUUUCAUUUCAAUGCCUCCAGACUAAACCACUUCAGCCUCCUGCAGGAGAUGCCUGUGGUGGCAUCACCUGGGGUGAUGCUCCAGCCCCACCACCUCCCAGGCCAGGCUGGGUUUCUCCCCCAUCACUGCCCAUGUAAUACAACUAUGCCUUCCUGCUGCUGGCAAUUAGCAGCUGGAACCCGUUUUCUGCAAACCAGAUGCCUGAGAGCCUUCAGCCAGCAAACACUGCUCUGUUGGGGCUCAGGAACAUCCCUAGUGCUCAGCCCAGCUCUCUUGCUACCUCGAGCUCUCUGUCCACUCCCCUGAGCACUAUCCAGAGAGGUCAGGGAAUAUUUGGUUGUGUAGCUGAAGCAUUGAUGCAGAGAGCAGCUGUGGAGGGUAUGGCACUCCUGCACGUAGGAGUCAGGGACUGUCCACCACAUCUGUCCCCAUCAGCAUCUUCCCUGGCCCUGCGCCUGACUGCUCGUGUCUUCCCUGCCCCGGUGCCUCCUUCACCUCCGCUCUGCCCCAGGAUCUCUCUCUUUGCAAGUUUACAGAUUAAAGCUGAGUAUUUUUGAGGCUUUGCAUCUGUCUGAUUGUUUAUUGCGUGAGAAAUCCCUGCCCUGGGUCU